AUGCUUAUUCUGGCCCCAUUCAUUUUUCUGUCCACAAAAGAAGCAGAUCAAUUAAUAAGUCUUACCCUGGAGCACCUCCGACGAGACAUUUUGCAGAUGUCUAAGCCAACAUUAGAAUACCUUGUCGAUGGGGCACACUUCCCUCAAGUCCCAUUUGAUAUCGGCGAAAGUUAUGCAGGCCUCUUGUCCAAUGCCCCCCGCGGGGAGUCCAGUUUAUUCUUCUGGUUUUUCCCAUCCACUAAUCCAGAUGCGGAUAAAGAGAUAACGAUCUGGCUGAACGGAGGCCCCGGCUGUAGCUCUCUGGACGGAUUGCUGCAGGAGCAUGGGCCGUUCCUCUGGCAGUCAGGAACGUAUGAGCCCGUCCGAAACCCAUAUUCAUGGUCCAAUUUAACGAACAUUGUCUACAUCGACCAACCAGCUGGUACUGGAUUUUCACCGGGGCCGGCUACCGUUCAGAAUGAGAUUGAUGUGUCAAACCAAUUCAAUGAUUUCUGGAGGAGAUUCAUUCAAACUUUCAGUAUGCAAGGCUACAAAGUUUACAUCACUGGUGAAAGCUACGCUGGGCAAUAUAUUCCAUAUCUAGCCUCUGGGAUGCUGGAUCAAAACGACAAAACUCAUUUUAAUCUCAAAGGCAUACAAAUCAAUGAUCCAUCCAUCAACGAAGACAAUGUCAUGAUAUACGCUCCCGCUGUCCCUGCUCUGAACUACUUCUCUACGGUCUUCUCGCUCAACGACACGUUUAUGACGGAGAUCAAUAAACGCGCGGAUGAGUGUGGCUACAACCAGUUUCUCGACAAAGCUUUGACUUUCCCGCCGCCUAAAGAUUUCCCAAAUGCGCCAGAUCCUAGUCAACAUGGUUGUGACGUCUGGGACCAGAUCAUCAAGGCAGCUACGUACAUCAACCCAUGCUUCAACAUUUAUCACCUUACGGACUUCUGCCCGUUUUUGUGGGAUGAGAUGGGCUUUCCAUCUCUAGCCGGCGGCCCGAAUGAUUACUUUAACCAGUCUGCUGUCCAAAAAGCCCUACACGUCCCCCCUACCAACUACGCAGUUUGUGGUGGAAAUAUUUUCCCCAAUGGUGAUGGAUCAGCACCUAGUGCACUUGGUCCUCUCCCCAGUGUGAUCGAGCGCACUAAUAACGUCCUCAUUGGCCAUGGGUGGUAUGACUAUCUUCUGUUCAUGAAUGGAACUCUGGCCACCAUCCAGAACAUGACUUGGAAUGGACACCAGGGCUUCCAAAAGCCCCCAGUUGAGCCUUUACUAGUGCCAUACACUGAUUCCCUGAAUGCAAUUGCAAAUGGUAACGGACAGAUCCCUUUCACUGCUGACGCCGGGGCCGGAAUCCUGGGAACGGCUCAUACUGAACGUGGGUUGACAUUCAGUACCGUAUAUGGAUCUGGACACGAAAUCCCGCAAUAUUCCCCCGGUGCCGCUUACAGGCAACUUGAGUUUUUACUUGGUCGGAUCAAGAGCCUCCAGGAUCCAGGUCCCUUCACAAGCCAGUAG